ACUCGUGCAGGGACAUCUGAAACACUCGGGUUCUUUCGGAAGGAUGGCGUCUCGUGAAGUCUCGGCUCCUGCGACACCUGCUGAGACAAAUGCUAUGUUGAGUUUACCUGUUGCACUUGUUUCUAUGGGGUUUUAGGACAGGUUAUGGUUGUUAUUAGUUGGCUAUUUAAUUGCUUUCUGAAUAUUACAAAUGGGGAUUUAAAGUAAACGCUUAGCAUUUCAGCCUAGACCUAAGAAGAACUUGAUUUUGUGUAGCGAUAAGAAACUGAGGCUCCACAAUGGAUAAACCAGACCUUCGGAGACUUUUUUCUGCUUGUGAUAUAAAUCGGUCUGGGCGAAUUGAGUUUGAAGAUUUCAAGGUUGUUUGUCGCGAGCUGAAUGUUCCCAACGAGGACACCAGGGCUUUAUUCAACAAGUUUGAUGUGGACGCGGAUGGCGGUAUCAAUUACAGCGAGUUUUCCUCGCGUUUCCAUGAAGUUUCGGAGACUCUGAACUUGGCGUCACUGGAGGAAUCGUUGCAAAGUCAAGUUACUCCCUGGGACGAAUUUGAGAACUCCCUGGACGGAGACGUGGCUUACUUUUUGGCAAGGUUGAGGGACCCCCUGGGUGAGUUGUACCUCCAGAUUCACGCGUCCUCUACCACUCAUCUCCUGCAGCAGUAUGAAGAGCUGGUCCAGCGCCUUGUCAGCGAGGCCAGAGAGCAGCGGCUGGAGAAUGACCAGCUGGAAACCAGUCUCAGGAGGACAGAGGAGCUGAACACGAGCCAACUGGUGGAACUCGAGGAAGACCUACAGGUGCAGCUACGGCGGACUGAGGAGCGGGUCAGAGACGAAGAACAGAGAAAAUUGGAUAGCACCGUCGCCAGUCUACAGGAGAAGCACGAGAGCCAAAUAGCAGAGCUUCAGGCCGCCAUGGAACGGCUGUCCAGGAAAUACAAGGAGGAUGUGGUGAUGAGCAAGUCCAGGGCAGACGUGGACAAGCUGAGGAAUAAGCUGAACGAGAUGUCUCAGGAGAAGGAGGAGCUGAGGAGCAGCCUGGUGACGGCCCAGACCAACAUCUCCAUCCUCCAGGUGGAGCUGGACAAGCUCAAGAACGCCUUCACAGACCAGCAGCUGCAGCAUCAGAGGGAAACCAGUGAACUGAAGAAGAUGGUCAUGGAAUAUCAGACAUACUCCAGCCACAUGACUAUACUCCAGGAAAUGAAUACGAAGUUGUACGACAGCAAUAAUGGACUGCGCUCGGCACUGGCAAGUGAUGCAGCUUCCAAUAAAAGAAGUCUCUCACCAAAGUUGGAAAACCAAUCCCGAAAGAUAAAGCCCAUACGCCAGAGCACGUUAAACAACAGCAGUUUUGCUGGUGAGGAGGUGCACAUUGGGGAGGAUGCCCUGCAGCCGCGUUACGCCCACGUGGCCAGCUGGGCCCAGAAGUACCUGGACAGCGGAGUGGCCCUCUCCAUGGACGUUGACGACUCCGAGAGUGACUUUGAGAGCGAAGACAGCAGAAACUCAGUGGAGACGGUGCACCACAGCUACUCCUAUGUGCCAUCUGAGAUAGAGGCAAUCGAUGCCAAGUCUCAGGUCUCAGAGGCACCUAGCAGGGUGAGCUCAAUAGCCUCGUCGGUAAGAAGACGAUUGUCAGCUUUCCAAAAGGUGCCUCUGGAGACCAACGUGCUGGAGCCCAAGGGCCCUUCUCCAAUGUACCGGCUGGUCCUGGCAGGGGAUGCCGGGUCAGGCAAAUCAAGCUUCUUACUGCGACUAAGUCUCAACGAAUUCAGGGGAGAUAUUCAGACCACGUUGGGGGUGGACUUCCAGAUAAAGAAGAUGCUUGUGGAUGGGGAGAGAACCACUCUUCAGAUCUGGGACACUGCUGGACAAGAGAGGUUUAGGAGUAUUGCGCGCUCCUACUUCAGGAAGGCACACGGCGUGCUGCUCCUGUAUGAUGUCACUUCUGAGAGCAGCUUCCUCAGCGUCAGGGACUGGAUGCAGCAGAUUCAGGAUGCCACAGAUGGUACCGUCCCGUGCUGCCUGAUCGGAAACAAGGUGGACCUGCGCGAUGGACAGAUAGGGGCUUCAAACUGCGUGAGCUCAGUACACGGGGAGAAGCUGGCCAUGAACUACAAUGCACUGUUCUGUGAGACCAGCGCCAAAGAGGGAACCAAUGUAGUGGAGGCUGUUCUACACUUGGCCAGGGAGGUGAAGAAGCAGGUGACUCUGAGGAGGCAGUCUGAGAGCUUCAUCAGGCUGAGUGGGACGGUCCGCAAGAAGACCUUUGGGGGCUGCUGCAGCACGGCACAGUGAGAAACAUACUCUGCAGCCAGUUAACUGCUGCGUAUAUCCUUUGGGAUGUUUGGUGACAGUUCAUAACAGAUGUAGGCCUACUGUGGUACAAUAUUCGGUUCUACUGCAAGAGGCAUACGGUAGUAGUAGGCCUGUGUAUGUCGUAAAUGUCCCAUUUUACGUUUCUCUGUCCUAUUGGACAUUUGGAACAGAUUUUAUUUAAAACCCAUUUUUUUUAAGUCAAUUUAAGCAUUAAAAAGUUCUUAUAUUCUUACACUGUUUACACAGUGACUGUUUGCACUUUAGAGAUCAUGUUUUUUGUGUUAUACUUCCUUCAACAGCGAUGUUUUAUAUUAAGCCUGUGUUUUAAAUAUGCACAUUUUAAAAUCUAAAUAGUUUGUUUACGUUUCAGAACCACUGAUUCUAUGUAGGCCUACUCUUAACUGUUAUGCACACCAGAAGUGAUGUAUUGUUCCAUGUUUUAAGACAUUGUUGCAAACAUUAGUUUGACUUCUGUUCUUUUUUUUAAAUCACAAAACCUGCACAAAAUAAAUACAAAAUUAAACCUCAAGUGUC